AUGGCCUUCAACAAUAGAAACCUCCACGGCGCCGCCGUUCCCGUCUUCAUUUUUCUGAUCCUUGUGUCCCUUGCAUCGCCAUCUUUGGCGGGAUCGGAGACCGAUACUCCGGCGCACUGUGCCAUGACGAAAGAAGAAGGAAAGUGUCACGACAAGGGAGAGUCAUUGAAACUGAAGCUUAUUGCCAUAAUUACGAUACUAGUGGCAAGUAUGAUCGGUGUGUGCUUGCCGAUGUUUUCACGCUCCAUACCCGCGCUAAGACCCGACAGAAAUUUAUUUGUACUCGUAAAGGCAUUUUCUUCGGGUGUAAUUCUGGCAACCGGGUACAUGCAUGUGUUGCCGGAUUCGUUUGACUGCUUGACAUCGGAAUGUUUGCCGGAAGAUCCAUGGAGGAAGUUCCCAUUCACGACGUUUGUAGCAAUGCUGUCGGCAGUGGCGACUAUGAUGGUGGAUUCAUUUUCCAUGAGUCUGUACAAGAGGCAUUGCUCCAGAUCAGUUGUUACUGAGAGACUGGAAAAUGGGAAUACGUCUGAGCAUGGUCAACAUCAUCUCAAACCACAUGAUGAAACAGAAUCACAAUUGUUGAGGCACCGUGUUGUGGCUCAGGUGUUAGAGCUGGGAAUUAUAGUACAUUCAGUAGUGAUUGGUCUAGCGAUGGGAGCGUCUGAUAACCAUUGCACCAUCAGGCCACUGAUUGCAGCCCUUUGCUUCCAUCAAAUGUUUGAAGGCAUGGGACUUGGUGGCUGCAUAUUACAGGCUGAGUAUAAAUGGAAAAUGAAAGCAAUCAUGAUUGUGUUCUUCUCGGUGACCACUCCACUUGGAAUCGUGCUGGGAAUUGGGUUAUCGAAUGUAUACAGUGAGAACAGUCCAACAGCACUGAUCGUGGUGGGACUAUUAAACGCUUGUUCAGCUGGGUUGCUGAAUUACAUGGCGCUGGUGGAUCUUUUGGGAUCUGAUUUUAUGGGGCAUAAACUUCAAAACAAUCUGAAACUCCAGGGGUGGGCUUAUUUUGCAGUUUUGCUAGGUGCUGGAGGUAUGUCCUUGAUGGCAAAAUGGGCUUAG